ACAUUUUCUUCUGCACCUAGAGUUUAAACUUUGAGUAAUUUUGAUGAAAACCAUUUAGUAUUUUUAUCGUAAGGGGACUUUACAAGUAGAGAUCUUUAAGAAGAUUUUACGUGAUUUUAAAAAUUAACUUAGAUGUUUGGGAUUUGUAUUGUUGCAUUCUUAUUGUUUGGCACAUCAAAAGGAAAAGAAGUUUGCUAUGACAGGGUAGGGUGUUUUAAGGAUGAUUUACCAUGGACUGGGCCUUUUUCAAGAGAGUUGGCAGGUUUACCCUGGUCUCCAGAGAAGAUAAACACUCGCUUUCUGCUCUACACUAUAUAUAAUCCCCAAACCUAUCAGGAGAUCAGUGCAGUUAAUUGGUCAACUAUCCAAGCCUCACAUUUUGGAACAGACAAGAUCACCCAUAUCAAUUUGCCUGGAUGGAAAACGAAUGGCAAAUGGCAAAGAAACGUAUGCAAUGCAUUGCUACAAGUAGAAGAUACGAACUGCAUUAAUGUAGACUGGAUUAAUGGUUCCCUGGAAUACAUCUGUGCUAUAAACAAUCUACGCGUUGUGGGUGCAGAGGUGGCUUAUUUUGUUGAUGUUCUCAUGAAACAAUUUGGAUAUUCCCCUUCUAAAGUGCACUUGAUUGGCCACAGCUUGGGAGCACAUCUGGCUGGAGAUGCUGGGUCGAGGGUACCAGGCCUUGGAAGAAUAACAGGGUUGGAUCCGUCUGGGCCAUUUUUCCACAACACUCCAAAGGAAGUCAGGCUAGACCCCUCGGAUGCCAGCUUUGUGGAUGUUAUUCAUACAAAUGCAGCUCGCAUCCUCUUUGAGCUUGGUUUCGGAACUACUGAUGCUUGUGGUCACCUUGACUUUUACCCAAAUGGGGGGAAGCACAUGCCAGGAUGUGAGAACUUAACUAUGCCUUUAUUUAAAUUUGAUUUCAAUGCUUAUAAGGAAGAAGCUAUUUCCUUCCUUGAAUGCAGCCAUGCCCAGAGUCAUCUCUUUUAUGUCGAAAGCAUUCUCAACCCUGACUCAUUCAUUGCUUAUCCUUGUAGAUCCUACAAAUCAUUUAAAGCAGGAAAUUGCUUCCAUUGUCCCAAAGAAGGUUGCCCAACAAUGGGUCAUUUUGCUGAUAGAUUUCACCUUAAAAAUAUGAAGACUAAUACAUCAUAUUAUUUUUUAAACACUGGGUCUCAUUCCCCAUUUGCCCGUUGGAUGCACAGAUUGUCUGUAAAUCUCCGUGGAAGUGAAAUCUCAGAAGGGACCAUAUUUCUCCAUGUAGGCGGGACCACUGGGAAAGCAGGGGAGUUUGCAAUUGCCAGUGGAAAACUUAAACCAGGCACGACUUACACAAAAUUAAUUGAAACUGAUGUUAAUGUUGGAAACGUCACAAGUAUUGAGUUCAUUUGGAAAAACCAUUCGUCUGAACAUUCUCAUAAGUUGGGAGCAGAAAUGGUGGUAGAUACAUCUGGAAAAUAUGGAUAUAAAUCUACCUUCUGUAGCCAGGAUGUUAUGGGACCUAAUAUUGCCCAGAUCCUGAAACCGUGCUCUUCUCAGACCCAGAGCUGA